AUGACAGUAAUUCAUGAUCGAAAAUCUCAGCUCAGCCCAGAGAUGAACAAAUGUCAUAACUACAAACUCAAACCAACAAAGAGGGGUGCUUCUCAAGGGUGGCCGAAACAAAGAUCCGCACUACCUACCAGACAACCCAGAGAGAGUGCUAUCAUAAGAAGAAACUCCCCUAUAGAAGAAUUCAAAAUAUCUCCAUUGUUCGUUCGCCGAGUCAUUGCUGCAGCCAUGGCAAUACGCUUCGUUAUUAUCACACUGAUAUGGUUUGCCCUUUUCAUAACCUGUAAGUUAAUCAUGUUAUGCAACAAUGAGGUUCCAAUUUCUUCAAGAGAAGGUCACUGUGGCCAAUGCCCUAACAACUGGAUAUAUUAUAGAAACAACUGUUACCAUUUUUUUAAUGAGAGAAAAAACUGGAACCAGAGUCAAGCUUCCUGUUUGUCUCAAAAUUCCAGCCUUCUGAAGAUAUACAGUCAAGAGGACCAGGAUUUCUUUAAGCUGGUAAAGUCGUAUCACUGGAUGGGACUAGUCCAGACCAAAGAAAAUGGCUCCUGGGAGUGGGAAGAUGGCUCCCCUCUCUCAUCCGACCAGUUAACACUGGUGGAAAUGCAGAGCGGAUCCUGUGCUGUCUAUGGCUCAAGCUUUAAGGCCUACACAGAAAACUGUUCAGCUCAAAACACAUACAUCUGCAUGAAGAAGGCAGUGUAAGAACUUCAUUAACCAUCUUAGCAACAGCCAGAACAAGAGAAGGAAUUAUCCCGGGAAAAACUGGGACUAAAAAUAAAAGAGACAGAACAUAUGUCCAACACAAAACUGCAGGCCUAUGCCUUGCAGAAACAAGCCACAGAAUGAUUAGAUGAACAUUCUGUGUCCCUUAAAACAAGGGAAGCUAACUCAAAGGUCAUCAAGGCUACCAUUCACACCAUUCUCCAAUCUGCCUAGCAUUAGGAGAAGGAGGCAAGGAGGAGCCUCGAUUUCAAAAUGGGACCAACACAUAGGGGAGCUGUGAGAGUGGGAGAGAACAGCCCCAUAGGAGCAUGGCAUUGUAAGCUCCAGCACUAUACAAAACUGCAUGCUGAGUGGGACCGCAGCAGAGAACCACAGGGUCGUCAACACUGUGCCCAGCAUUGUUGCCAUCCCAGUGGUUCAUGAAAGGAGGCUUCUGUCUGGUAGGGCACAGUUUGAGUAAGGGCAAGCAGGACUGCUUUUGCAACUUGAAGAUCUCAUAGAGCUUGCCUUGUUGAUUUUUGUGCUUUCUUGGGACUUCUCCACUCCUUUUUUCUUGUGUUUUCCUGUUGAGAUGGCAAUGUCUACUGAAGGCCAGUCCCACCACUGAA